UCUCAGUUUUAAAAAUGUAUAAUUUAUUUACAAAUGGUAAGGAACAUGUUUGUAUUUGAAUAAAAACUUUUUUAGUACUUUCUCUUAGUUCUUCAAUUUACUUUUUGUGUUUCUUAUGCACAGUAUUCUGACCAGGCUUUCCAUAUGCUUCCAGUAUAUUGUUUUUCCGUUUCUGAGUAUGUGUUGGUUGCUUUUUCUUUUUUGUUCUAUUCAAUAAAUUAUUAAUUGGAUCAUCAGGUUGGGUUUUUGCCAGAAACUCUAGUCGGGCUUUUUCCUCGCGGUUUUUCUGCAUUAAAUUUUUAUAAUUCAUAUACUCUCUUUUUGGAGGUUUAGCACCAAGUUUUAUUAAUAAAGUCUCUUUAGCCUUCCUUCUUUCUUCUGGCUUCAUUCCAGCUAUACCAAAUUUCACCACUUCAUGGGUAACUUUAUUUACAUCAAUUUCACGCGUUCUAGUUGGUUGCUUUUUGCCAGUUUUCUUUUCUUCAAUUUUCUUGUUGCUCUUAUAGGAUUCAAAUUUCACACACUCAAAUUCAUCAGCUUUUCUUUUUUUCACAAGUGCAGAUUUUGUAACAAUGAACUCACUGUCAGGAUUCAUUUGAUAAUAUUUUAGAAUAGUUCGAAUCAAUAUUAUGUAUUUUAAAAAAAAUUAACAACACCCUUUUCACUUUCAAUCUGAAAAGUUGAACUUCACAAGACACCAAACGCAACACCUAUUUGUCGUCUUCCGUGGACCAGCCGUGGACAUCCGUGGACAUCCGUGGACUUCCACGCGCUUCCACUCCACUUCGAUAUAUACUCUUUGCGCGCUUCCACUCCAGAGCAGGGUGGCCAAACUACAAAUGUUGCAAAACGACAAAUGUUAAUUCUUGUGACUAGUUAGAAUAUAUACUGAGGUAAUACCGGCUGAAGAUAAAUACUCUUUGGCUAUACACAAACUAGGUAGAAUAUUCGUUGGUGUUCGUGUUUGACAUGGUGUGGCAGGAGGCUUGAGGGCAAGAGGAGACACGUGAAUUUGAACUCUAACCUAACAUUUUAUUUUCACGGGUCAAGCAUAUUCAAAGCAGCUGAAUCAAUUACAGUAUCAUAGGAUGAAAUUCAGAGCUGUGUCGGGAGCGAAUUUUGUUAAAGAAGCGUGGGGCCGUAGUGUAUAUUUAUUUUAAAGAAGAGAGUAAGAAUCUUCAGAAUGCAGGAAGAAAAUAAUUGUAUUAGACCGCCACGACGAUUUAAGAAAAGUAAAGUUAAUGUCAUUGAGAAAGCUAAGAGAGAAGUAGAAGAACUAGCUAAGGUAGUUUGUGAUAAUGGUGAAAGUUUACCUUACGGUCACCUAAAAUGGGCUCGUGCCAAGCAAGAAGAACGUGUACCCGUAGCAAAAGAGAAAUUGGCAAGACACAGCCGUGGCACAGGUUUGAGUGAAGCUGUAACAAAUACUAAAUUGUUAACUAAAGAACACGAAAUUGAGUAUGCAAUAGAACAAGCUGCUAGAACUGAAAUUUUAUUGACUGAAGAUGCUGGUUUUUUGGAGGUGGAUGAAGGGGAAUCGUCAACACAGGUCACUCAGAAGCAAAUUGCAAAUAGUGUGGAUAUAUUAAGUGCAUCAAAACAUUUUCAACUCUUCUUAGAAGAAUUUGGACCAUACAGAAUAAAUUACACCCGGAAUGGCCGAUACCUAUUAUUAGGUGGUCGAAAAGGCCAUAUUGCUGCAUUUGACUGGAUUACUAAGAAGCCUUUAUGUGAAAUAAAUGUAAUGGAGGAACUUUUUGAUGUUCAGUGGCUCCACAAUGAACUGAUGUUUGCUGUUGCGCAAAAGAGAUGGAUGUAUAUUUAUGACAAUCAAGGAGUUGAACUACAUUGCUUAAAAACUUUGCACAACGUUUUACGUAUGGAUUUUCUGCCUUAUCACUUUUUACUAGCGUGUAGUAGUGCAAAUAGCUUUUUGUCAUGGCUAGAUGUGUCACUAGGAAAAAUGGUAGCUCAAUUUCCUAUUCGUCAAGGACGGUUGAAUAUUAUGGCACAGAAUCCCUAUAAUGCAUGCUUGUGUUUGGGCCAUGCACAAGGAACUGUGACAAUGUGGAGUCCAAAUAUGAAAGAGCCUUUGGUGAAGAUGUUAUGUCAUAAUCGACCAUUGCAAGCACUAGCUGUAAAUCGAAAUGGCAUGUACAUGGCAACAUCUGCAGUUGAUAGAAGUGUGAGAAUAUGGGAUUUGAGGCAGUUAAAUGGGCCCCUUCAAGAUUAUAGAAUGGCUGGCAUUGCAUCAAAUCUAUCUUUCAGUGAUCGAUCACUUUUAGCUGUGGGCAUGGGUAACAUUGUGGAAGUUUAUCGUGACUGUUGUGCAACAACUGCUGACCAAGCAUAUCUCAGGCACAAGGUGAAUCGUUCGAUAGCAGAUAUGCAGUUUUGCCCAUAUGAAGAUAUAUUAGGUGUUGGAUCUGGAUCAGGCUUUACCAGUAUGAUAGUACCAGGUGCUGGAGAACCAAAUUUUGAUGCUCUAGAAUCCAAUCCCUAUCAGACGAAGAGACAGCGACAAGAAGCAGAAGUUAAAGCUCUUUUGGAAAAGAUCCAGCCUGAACUCAUCACUCUUGAUCCUUAUGCAAUUGGAGAGGUGAAUGUUCCUACCCUAAAGGAGAAGAUGGCAGCCAAACAUGCAUUAAUGCUUGGAAAACCUCCACAAAUAGAUUUUACUCCAAGAAGAAACAAGAGGAAAGGUUCUGUGCGCGCUGCAAAGGCUAAGAAGAUAGUGAAAGAAAGAGUCAAAAAGGAUUACAUUGAAGCUGUGAAAGCAAUAUCUUCAGAAAAGAAGGAUAAUGAUCAAUCAAACCAAGAGAAACCAUAUUCUAUUUACAAGAAGAUUUUGAUAUUGAUCUCAAACACUUGUAAAAUUAUUAUUUUUAUUUCAAAACAUUUUAAUGAAAUUAAUUCUUUAUUCACAAUUGAAAUAGAAUAUAUCAUUGUUACUAUAAUUGGAUUCACUCUUCAAGCUAUAACAACACUACAUAUCAAUGUUUUUAUUCUUAUUCCAAUUAACAAUAAUAAUAAUAAUAAUAAUGACAACAACAAUGUUUAUUUAUCUUCAUUCUUAGUUUUUUUCUUUAAUGAUAUUAUUAAAAUUUUUAUUAUAUAUUAA